AUGCAUUCCUUGGGCAAGCAGCGCGGCAGGCCCGCGGGCUCCAAAAACAAGCCCAAGCCCAUCACCGCCUCCACAACCGAGCCCACUGCCGCUGAGGAGCCCACCAAGUUCGCCUUCAUCCACGUGCCCGAGGGCGAAGACGCCAUCGAGUCCAUCGUCGAGCUAGCUCGCCGCGAACACGUGAGCGUCACCGUCCUCGGUGGGAGCGGCGCCGUGGCCAGCGUCACACUCAGCCACACGCCAGGUGGCGCCACCGGGUUCACGCUCCAUGGACCCUUCUCACUGGUGUCCUUCAGCGGCACCUAUGUUUACAGCAACCAUUACACCCUUAACCCUGGAGCCUCUCCUCCCCCUCGCAUGGCCUUGGCAAUCAACCUCUGCACCUCCGAGGGCCAGAUCUUCGGCGGCACCGUCGGCGGCAAAGUCAUCGCCGCCGAGGACGUCACCCUCACCGUCUCCACCUUCAAGAAUCCCGAGGUUUACAAGUUUCACCCUGAAGAGGAUAACAACAACAACGGUAACAAUAAUAAUAAUAACAAUGUUAAUAAUGCUGAUGGGGGUGCUCAUCUGUCAGCGUUCAACACUGUCCCAGUUUGGUGAAGCAAAUAACUGAAUGCAACGAAGAUCCCUCUCAACAUGUUGUGGUUUAACUUUUGUUUUUGUUUUCAGGUCAAAAUUUAGAGUCUGUUUGAAUAUAGUCUAGAAGAGUUUUUCUGCAGGAAAUAAAGAAUGUUUCUUGUAGUUAAACUUUUAAAAAAUUUCUAAAUAAUUUGUAUUCAAACAUAAUGUGUAAGUUGGUAUAGUGUGGUAUCAUAGGUGUGGAAUAAGAGGAGGGUUCUCUUAAAUGUUUUAUUUGCUGGUGUUCUGUAUCAGUGUUGGAUCUAUAUUAAAUAAAUU